AUGUCGGAUAUUCACGAUGUUUUCCAUGUUUUGAUGCUUAAGAAGUAUUUACGUGACAAGGAGCAGCAGAGAGUGUUUGAUGCACCAGACUUAGAGAUUCAGGCUGAUUUGACUACCAUUGAGACCCCAGUUCAUAUUCUUGCUCGAGAGGAUAAAAUACAUGGAAAUAAGGAAGGGGUUGGUGUAGAUCCUCUCAAGAUUAAUGCUAUUGUUGAAUGGCCUAUACCUAAGACUUUGAAAGGACUAAGAGGUUUUCUGGGCUUGGCAGGGUAUUACAGAAAGUUUAUCAAAGGGUUUGGUGUUAUAGCUCAACCUUUAACAAAUCUUUUGAAAAAAGGAGCUUUUAAAUGGUCUACAGGUGCUGAAGAUGCUUUCAAUUCACUGAAACAAGCCUUGACUCAGCCACCAGUCCUAACAAUGCCUGAUUUUAGUAUGACCUUUGUCAUUGAAUGUGAUGCUUGUGACUCUGGUAUUGGGGCUGUAUUAAUGCAAAAUGAGAGACCUAUAGUUUGUCAUUGA